AUGGACCACAAAUCGGAGAAAGAAGCACCAACUUUGCGAACUUUUCAAAGUUAUUUUCCUGGAAAAGUUUUCCACGAGAAAAAAGAGAAUGUCUGGAGAAGGAAGAACAUAUCUGCAGCUUCUGCAAGAUCUCACACAAGAAACACACAAGAAAGAUCUUCUUCUGACUUCUUGAAGACGAUCCUCCUUGUACUGUUGGUCGGAGCUUUGGCAUGGGCUUAUCAAUCAAUCCAACCACCACCGCCAAAAACCGUCGGCUCUCCAGACGGAGCCGCCGUGACAGCACCGAGGAUCAAACUGAGAGACGGAAGACAUUUGGCGUACAAGGAGUUCGGAGUUCAUAGAGACGAAGCCAAGUUCAAAAUCGUAUACAUCCACGGCUUCGAUUCUUGUAUGCUCGACUCGCCUUUCCCCCAUUUCUUAUCGCCGGCUCUUGUGGAGGAGUUGAGGAUAUACACUGUUUCAUUCGACCGUCCUGGUUAUGGAGAAAGUGAUCCUGACCCGAAUAGAACGCCGAGAAGCAUAGCAUUGGAUGUAGAAGAGCUGGCUGAUGGGUUAGAACUAGGACUUAACUUCUAUGUCGUUGGUCUCUCCAUGGGUGGUGAGAUUACUUGGGCAUGCCUUAAGUACAUUCCUCACAGGUUAGCAGGAGCAGCGCUUGUAGCACCAGCGAUUAACUACUGGUGGAGAAACUUACCGGGAGACAUAACAAGAGAAGCGUUCUCUCUUAUGUAUCCUGCAGAUCAAUGGGCUCUUCGAGUAGCUCACUAUGCUCCUUGGCUUACAUAUUGGUGGAACACUCAGAAAUGGUUCCCAUUCUCCAAUGUGAUCUCUGGUAACCCCAUCAUUUUCUCCCGUCAGGACAUGGAGGUCUUGUCUAAGCUCGGAUUCGUCAGUCCAAAUCGGGCAUACACAAGACAACAAGGUGAAUACGAAAGCCUACACCGAGAUUUGAAUGUUGGAUUUUCGAGCUGGGAGUUCGAUCCUUUAGACCUUAAAGAUCCGUUCCCGAACAAUAAUGGCUCGGUUCACCUAUGGAAUGGUGACGAGGAUAGGUUUGUGCCAGUGAAGCUUCAGAGUUAUAUUGCAUCAAAGCUUCCAUGGAUUCGUUACCAUGAAAUCUCAGGUUCAGGACAUUUGUUGCCUCUUGUGGAAGGUAUGACUGAUAAGAUCAUCAAGUCACUUUUGGUUGGGGAGGAAGAGGUACGUGAGAGUAGAGAAGCUUCUGCUUAA